AUGCUUAUGAGUGACUGCAGUUUUGCAUGCGUUAUAGGUUUUCGGAAGAGAAGGAUAAGAGGAGACAUGAAGAAAGAAAGAUUUAAACAGAAGAAAAUGAUGAAAGUGAACGGAACCGUUGUUGAUGCAUAUCCUGAUGAACGUAUUGAGGAAACAUCUGAAGCCGAAUUGGUAGCAGUGGUCGAUGAACUGCCGGGACCCAAUUGUACAGUCAGUGUUUGCGAUGAAACCAAUUCAAAGAACUGGUUUAUCUAUUGUUCUGGAAGACUUCUGGAAGCGGUUAAUAUACAUAAGAUUUUUAAUGACUCAAAAACAUUUGUGGACAUGCCAAUGAAAUAUGAUGCAAAUGAAACAUUAGCAGCAUUUAAUGAACUUUUUGGUGAUGUUCCGUUGGAAAAUAUCCCCAAAGAAGACUUGAUAAAAUUUUUGGAUACAUAUUUUCUUCCACCGGGUAGCGAAUUGUUGGACUGUACUCCAACUGACUGGAAUCCGUAUCCACCAAAAUUGAUGAAAAUUGCUGAUCCACUGCUACGGCAUUGGGCACUUGAUCUUAACAACAUUUGGAAAAUGUUGUGCAAAAAGAUUGAUCCAGCUAUUAAGACUCAAGAAUCACGAUCAUCACUGAUCUAUGUACCGCAUGAAUUUAUUAUGCCUGGUGGUCGCUUUCGAGAGUUUUAUUACUGGGAUGCAUUUUGGAUAGCCAAGGGACUUCUUGCAUCUGAUAUGUACGAAACAACACGACGAAUGAUUGAGAACUUGGCAUACAUUGUUGACAAAUACGGUUUUGUACCAAAUGGUGGACGAAUUUAUUAUUUACAAAGAUCACAACCACCAAUGUUGAUACCGAUGGUGUAUGAGUAUUUCGAAAGUACACAAGACAUCAACUUUGUCAGAUCAAUAAUGCCAACCUUGAAGAAAGAAUUUGACUUUUGGCAAAAACAUAGAACAGUCAAUGUUACUAUGAAAAAUAAGCAACGAUACAUUGUAUAUCAAUACCGAACUAAAAGCAAUGUCCCAAGAGCAGAAUCUUUUCGAGAAGAUAUUUUGACAGCUCAUGAAGUUGAAAAUAAACCAAAAUUGUGGCAGGAUCUCGCUAGUGCAGCAGAAAGUGGUUGGGAUUUUAGCACUCGGUGGUUUAGGGAAAGGAAUACAUUAUCGUCUCUAGAAACCACCAAAAUUUUACCUGUUGACCUAAAUGCAUUUAUGUGCUGGAAUAUGGAUAUUCUGGAGUAUUUGAACGAAAAAAUAGGUGAUAGAGCGGUUUCGGAAACCUAUCGUGACAUGAGAACAAACUUUAGAAAUGCUAUGCACAAUGUAUUCUACAACCGUACUCUAGGGGCUUGGUUUGACUACAAUAUGAGAACUAAGCAACAUAAUACAAGAUUCUACCUAUCAAUUGCUGCACCUCUGUACACGGGAUGUUAUCACUCGCUGAACCAGCAAAAAUCAGCACGACUUUUCAAGUUGAUGGAAAGAGUUGGAGCAUUUUCUUACCCAGGCGGAGUACCAACUAGUUUAGACCGAAAAAGUCUUGAACAGUGGGACUUUCCCAACGGUUUUGGUCCGCUAAACUUUAUGGUCAUUGAAGGAUUACGAAAAUCUGAGAAUCCAGAAAUGCAAGAUCAGGCUUUUCGUAUUGCCCACAAGUGGAUAAUGAGCAAUUAUAGAGUAUUCCGGAAGACUGGUUACAUGUGGGAAAAGUACAAUGUCAUUGGACUGUAUUCAAGUCCUGGAGCUGGUGGCGAGUACGCCGUGCAGGAUGGAUUUGGCUUUACAAAUGGUGUUAUUCUUGAUCUUCUUACAACUUACAAUCAUCGGCUUUCUGUACGGCCGCUAAACUAUGAAGAUCCAUUUGAGUUUUAUGAACCACCUAGGGCUACUGGGAAUUUAUAG